AUGGCAUCAAGCCGAGAAGAGCGGUUGCAGAUGCGCCAGCGCGGUGCUGGCACGCGCAAGAUUCAAGAAGUUGAUUUUGGCUUCUCGUUUGGGUCGCCGGGUGCCGCUGCUUCUGCGGCUGGAGAUCAGAGCACGGCAGAAAUUACAAAUAGCAUUGAUCAAGUCGUGCAGCAGUCGGAGCCGGAGCAGACACAGACAGAGACGCAGACGCAAACACCGCCACAAGCCAGAAAUGAAACAGCUACAACAGCGCAGAGUCCGCGGAGUCAACCGCGAAGCGCACGAGCAAAACAGACGCCGAGGUUGUCGGCGGGACACGCCGCUGCAGAUCAAGAACAAGGCCGAAGUAGCAAGCGCAGGAAAAUCGAUUCCAGAAAUGACGACUCGAAUGAUUCUCCCGGUACUCGAAACGAACCUGUCGCGACUACGAAUGGAGUGCCAACUUUGAACGAAGGCCGCCAGACAGAAAGUACAGAUAUAGCCGAGACUACGAAUGCAGAGACUGAAAAAAGCAGUUCCAUGACGACAAAUGAAAACGCAAACCCACCUACUCCUACAGAAGAGCCUGAAGCCAGUGCGAAACCCAAGCGUGGAAGGCGCAAGUCGAGCGCGCCAAAGGUUGCUCAGCCUGCAACUGAAGAAGCCAUCGAGGAAUCGCCCAGCACGCGCGACCUCCAAAAUAAUACUCCCAUUAAAAAAACGCGUGGACGCCGGAAGACAGACAACACGCAACCAGUCGAGUCGAAUGAGCCUACAAGGAGUCGGCGAGACAAGCAGCCAGCUGACGAUCCAGCUGAGAAUGAGGAAGCUCAGCCGGAACCCAAACGAAAGCGCAGAGCGCCUGCUAGCCAAGUUACUACGACUGCCGAUACUAGUCCGAAAGAAACAGUGUCGGCAACGAGAUCAAAGAGAAAGCAACAACCACCGCGAGCUGCUGAACCCGAACCUGUCGAUGCAGAUGAAGACGAGCCAGCGCAACCGAAGCGCAAGCGCAGAAAAUCGGUGAAAAACAACGCCGAUAAAGAACUAGAGCUAGAGCAAGAGCAAGAGGAAGAGGAAGAAGAAGAGGUAGAACCAGAACCAGAACCAGCACAAACGAGGAAACGAAAAGGCAAACAAAAAGCAUCCGAAGUUCCCGCGCAAGAAGAGUCAGCGGCACCAGCAAGGAGACAACACGAUCAAUCGCAAGACCAGCAAGACCAACCAGAACCAAACCAGACAGCCGAAUCAGCACAACCACCGAAACGUCGCCGCGGCAGACCGUCUGCAGCCAGCGAGCCCAGCACGAGGCGCAGCAGACCGUCGAGCGAGGACGGAGGCGAGCGGCGGCGCGAAGGCACUGUGGCUAUUAAAGUCCACCGUCUGGCCGACACCAGCGCUCUCGAAGCGACAGCACCAGACUCGGACGCGUCGUCUAAUGAAGUCUCAACGGACGAACUAGACACGCGCAAGACAUUCCCGCGGCGCGCUGGGGUCAACGCUGCCGAUGUGCUGGCCCAGAUCUGCCAGGAGAUUGUCGACAAGCACCUGGCAGGGCUGGCCAACAGCGUGGCCAAUGAAUCAAACCAGACGAAACGCGGCGAGGCCGGGCGGCAGCGCAAGGCGGUUGAAGCAUACGGCAGCCAGCUCCAAGGGCGGCUAUUUGAGCUAAGCGAGCUCCUCGAGAGCAACUUUGCGCUAGGCGUGAAGUUAAAGAAGGCCAAGCGCGAGACGACUGAGAUGCGCAACCGCCUGCUCGAGGUGCGGCGACAGCGACACGAGGUAGCCCUACGCAUGGAUGCGGUGCGGCAGAAGCAUGGUGCCGAGGAGAGCGCCAAAAUGUCGCGCAACGCAAUCAACAACUCCCUACACAAACUCGAGUCAACGCUGGAACGCAGCCGAACGCGUCCAGGCGAGAGUGUCGACGACGACGACGACAACCACGACAAUGGCAUAGCUGGCCUCGAGUUCACACUGCGAACAGUAGUUGAGGAUGUGAGCUCAGCAGCAGAGGGCUCGCACGGCGGGCUGCUCGGCCAGAUCCGCGCCUUUAACGCGCAGCUGGAGACGACGGGGAGAGCGCUAGGUUUGUAG